UAAAUAUGUGUGGCGCCAUUACGAAUCUCUAGGUUACUGCUUUUAUUUUCUCUUUUGAUGUGGUCUUUGCAAGGACUGGCAUUUUCUAUAUCUGUCAGCAAGCAAAGAAGCUGAUUAUGACAGUACAUCUAAAGUUACUUAUGCCUGAUGGAUCAUUUUAUGAAAACGAUUAUGACCAAAGUACUACAGUCGAAGAGAUAACCAGUUCUUUAUUCAAAAACUGGCCUCAUAGUUUGGGAAAUAAACCAGUAUCUAACCACCUGAAACUCAUAUUUCAGGGCAGAUUCCUUUCUGGUGAUUUGACGCUCGUAGAAUUGAAAUUACCUCCUGAACAAAUCACAAUGCAUUUAAUUCAACAUGAAACAAUGCCAUUGCCAAGAAUUAAUGGGAUUGUUUGAUUGCAUGGAGGAUUUUAUCAUGAGCUGAUAUCAGUCACCUCAUAUGACAAAUAACAUACAUACGCACUCAUACAGAACUAAUCCUUACAAAUCAACUGUAGAAAAAUA